GUUUUUUUACUUGUUUGCAGGGAUGCUGGUUCGUAACUGGAAUCGUUCACUGUAAUACUGAAAGCAUAGGCCAAAAUGCCAGAAAUAACUGAAUACUGGCUCAUCUCUGCCCCCGGCGAUAAAACUUGUCAACAAACCUGGGAGUCGUUGAACAAGAGAACAAAGGAUUCAGAUCUGUCCAACAAUUGGAAAUUCCACAUCCCUGAUCUAAAGGUCGGAACAUUGGACCAAUUGGUUGGCCUCUCUGAUGAUCUCGGAAAGCUCGACACCUUCGCCGAAACCGUGACUCGUAAGUUGGCGAAUUACCUUGGAGAAGUUCUUGAAGACCAGAAGGACAAGUUGCACGAGAAUCUAGUCGCUAAUGGAGUCGAGUUGUCCGCAUAUCUCUCGCAUUUCCAAUGGGAUUUGGCCAAGUACCCUAUUAAACAGAGUCUCCGUGGAAUGGCUGAUAUGAUUUCUCGACAAAUCACACAAAUUGAAACUGAUUUGAAAUCGAAAGCUUCUGCUUACAACAGUCUGAAAGGCUCUCUUCAGGCAAUGGAACGGAAGCAAACUGGAAGCUUGCUGACCAGGAAUCUCGGUGACCUCGUGAAGAAGGAAGAUUUCGUCUUGGAUUCAGAGUACCUGCGAACCUUGAUGGUGGUUGUUGCGAAGCCUUACUUGAGUGAUUGGUGGAGCAGGUACGAGAGUUUGAACGCUGUUGUUGUUCCCCGCAGCAGCAAAUUGAUUUUUGAAGAUAAUGAGAACGCUUUAGUCAGUGUAACUCUGUUUGAGAAAGCCACCGAGGAGUUCAAAGCUAAAGCGAGGGAAAAUAAGUUCAUGGUUCGUGAUUUCGUGUAUGAUGAAAAGGAGCUGGAUGCCGGAAAGACCGAACUCACCCGUCUCGCCACCGAUAAACGGAAGCAGUUUGGCCCUCUUGUCCGAUGGCUGAAAGUGAAUUUCGGCGAAAGCUUCAUUGCCUGGAUCCACGUGAAGGCCCUUCGUGUCUUCGUUGAGUCUGUUUUACGGUAUGGGCUACCCGUAAACUUCCAAGGCAUGUUGUUGCAACCCAAAAAGAAGGGCAGUGCCAAGAGACUCCGGGAAGUUUUGAAUAAUCAUUACGCACAUCUCGACCAGUCGGCCGGGGAUUCUUCCGGUGGGGACAUACGAUCACAGUCCUCCGUAGAAGUGAGAAAUUUGAGGCGACUCGUGGCUAGUUUGAAGAGAAAUGAAAUCGGGAUGAAGAGGAAGAUCCAGUGCUUGGAAGAAGCCCUCUUGCAGCCAUCAGUGGAUUUUUCGGCGCAUUCGGACGAAAUUAUGGAGAACCUCAGCGAAUUGUUUCACCCGGAUUUGGCCAGUAUUCCUUCUUUGUUUGUUGAAUUAUCAAGUGAAGACCAUCAUCCAAAUGGGCAUCGACUCAGUAAGUUCAGGAUUGCGCUUCAGACGUUGAUGGAUCUUCUGGAGAAACAGAAAGAAGAUUACGACUGUUUGCAGACUCAAAAUGCUGAGCUGCAAUCCACGUUGAAUGCCUCUCUAGCGAGAGAAGAGUCUUUUAGAAUAGGUCACUUGGAGACCCUGGAGAAACUCAAGCAGGAAAGUCAGCAGAAGCUGGAGUUCUUGGAGUCCACUCUGGAGGAAGAGCAGUUUAGAAGGAUGCGGUAUCAUAAUGACGUCGAAGACAUGAAGGGGAAGAUCCGGGUUUUCUGUCGCAUCAAGCCGUUAUUUCCUCCAGAAAUCACUAUGAAAGAUAAGCGUUUCAAAAUCUCCCCACUAGGACUUCUGAAGCUCAACAUAAGCGACCACGAGCAGGAGGUUAAAAGCUUCUCUUUCGACCGAGUUUUCUCUCCGCUGGAUGACCAGAAGACAGUUUACGACGAUGUCAGAAGCUUGGUUCAGUCUACAUUAGACGGCUACAACGUCUGCAUUUGGGCCUACGGGCAAACCGGCAGCGGCAAGACGCAUACCAUGAUUGGCGAUCAGAUGAACCCUGGGAUUGCACCCAGAGCCUUUGACCAGAUCUUCACGUACAUCAAGGAAAACUCGCAGAAGUGGGACCAUUCCGUGUCAGCGUCCAUGUUGGAGAUUUAUCAAGACAAGCUCAUAGAUUUGUUCAGGAAUGAGCCGUUGCCGCGGGCGGAGAUUUUGAAAGAUAGCCAGGGAUACAUGGUUGUCCCUGGGGCUUGUGUGAAGCAGAUUAGUGCUGCGGAUGAGCUCAGUAAGUUAUUUGAGGAAGGCAUUCGGAGUCAGCAUAAGGGCCGAACAAAGAUGAAUUCUGUGAGCUCCAGGUCGCAUUUGGUGCUCAGUGUUCUGAUUGAGAGCAAGUCCAAGUUGUCUGGCGCGAAACUCAAAGGAAAACUCAACCUGAUCGAUUUGGCUGGAAGUGAGAGAGCCAGGAAAACCGGUGCAACGGGCAGCACCCUUAAAGAAGCUGCCUUCAUCAACAAGAGCCUGUUUGCCCUUGGGGAAGUUAUUUCUUCCCUUGCUGCAGGCUCUGCUCACAUUCCGUACCGAAACAGCAAACUGACCACUUUGAUGCAAGACAGUUUGGGCGGAAACUCAAAGACCCUGUUUUUCAUCAACGUGUCCUCUGCUGCUUGCAAUCUCGAUGAAACCAUCAGCUCCUUGAUGUAUGGCACUAGGGUGAAGAUGGUGACUAAUGCCCCGUCGAAAAAUGAACUCCACUAG